AUGCCGCUGAUGUCAGCCUUCCGCCCUCCAUCUACCCGUGUUUCAUCAAUCCGUCGCACCUCACGACCACGUCGUCGAAGAAGGACAAGCAGACAUGAACCUAGAGAUCUUGACUCAGAAGGUCACGUCCAGGAUUCCGAUGCACAUUCAAGCAUCACACCUUCCAAGCAUACACCGCGAGCCUUUCGAAAGCUACGGGGCUCGGUGGCAGCUGGUGGCCCGCUUCGACCAUUCAGACUAGUGAAGCAGGAUAUUGUGAACCUGCGCCGACGAUGGGUUUCCGACUGGACGGUUUUCAACCAACUGAUCUUUGCAAGCGCCGUCUACGUGUUCUUCACUAAUCUCCUACCUGGCAUCACCUUCGCCAGCGACUUGUAUGUCUUGACUGGCAAGAGUUGGGGCACAAUCGAGGUGGUAUUUAGCACGGGUCUUUGUGGAAUCAUAUUUUCCCUGUUCUCAAUCCAACCCCUCACUAUUCUCGGCGUUACGGGGCCUUUUUCUGUCUUGGCAGAGAACAUUUAUUCGCUCUGCCAAGAUGUUUUCCAGAUUCCAUUUCUUCCAUUUAUGGCCUGGUCCUUGAUCCACUCCGCCUGGCUGCAUUACGUCCUGGCUAUCAUCAAUGCUCACGACUGGACGAUGCGCUAUGUGACUACUUUCGCUACAGAGAUAUUCUCCCUCCUGAACAGUAUUAUCUAUUUUCACAAAGCUAUUCAGGAGCUUGAGAGAGCCCACGAAAAUCUCUCCUUUGCAGCAUUUCUCUACGCCAUUAUCGGUGCGGUCGGCACAAUGCUUCUUGCUAUCUUCCUGUCCACGGCUGAGAAUUGGCGACCGCUAUUCCAUCGUUAUAUUCGCCUAGGCUUAACGGAAUAUGCAGCUGCCAUAUCGAUUAUCAUCUUCAUUGGCCUACCCUAUGUGGGCGAGCUCGCCAACCUGGAUAAAAUGACACUCAACGUGAGCACCUCAUUUCGGCCAACGUCUCCGGACCGAGAUAUAUUUUUCGUCAAAUUUUGGGAAUUGCCCAUACAAUGGAUAUUUGGUGCCAUUAUACCGGGUCUUAUCAUCACCAUGCUGUUCUUCUUUGACCACGAGGUCAGCUCCAUUAUCUGCACGAUUGAUCGAUAUGGGACUCGCAAGCCAGGAGGGUUUGCUUGGGAUAUCGUUUUGCUUGGAACCACGACAGCUUUGUGUGGAAUUCUGGGCAUCCCGCCUGCCAACGGCCUCCUCCCACAAGCACCACUGCACUCGGAGUCUUUGAUGCAUUCAGCGAAAGAGGAAAGGACCAUCAUCGUGGACGGUGAAGAGAAAACGGAACUUCACGAAGUUCGACGUGUCUACGAGCAACGUUGGUCUGCGUUCCUCCACUCGGGUGCUAUCCUGGUUUUCAUAAGUCCUCCAUUUAUGAAAGUGCUCGGUUUGACUCCGACUAGCGUCUUGGCUGGCCUCUUUCUCUUCAUGGGAGAGCAGAGCUUAUCACUGCCACCGCUGCCGCAAGCUCUAUUGCAACGCACUGAGCCAAGAGCCGUCGGUGACGACAACCCCCCUCGCAAUCCGUCAUAUCUUCCAAUCCAUCUCUAUACAUUCCUCCAAAUCGUCAUCACUGUUAUAAUCUUCAUUUUAACCCUUACGCGCGGUGCACCUGCAUUCCCGAUCUUGAUUAUCGCCUUGGUGCCGUUCCGACUAUGUGUCAUGAACAGAUGGUGGCCGCGUGAGGUGCUUCGUUUUGUCGACGCCUGGGCAUGUCGUGAGGGCACACCGGAGGAUGAUGAAGACGCAUUGACGAAAUCUCAACAAGCUGAUCAACAAAGCCCAGGCAGGGAAAGGUGUGAAUUCGUCCAAGACGGUGUUUUCCAGCGCGGGGCCGAGGCCGAUAGUAGUGUCCACGCUUCCGUCCCUGGCCCAAGUGAGAUAAAGCACCAGAUAGGAAGUUCCCAGAUCGAUGUCGCAGACAGGGAAAUAUGGGGAACGACUAAAGAAGAUAUGAAUCAUGAAUGGGUUGAGCUUGGACAUAGAGGCCGUUCCGAUGAGGAGCUAGGCCACAAAUGA